AUGUUAAUCAGUUUCAAAAAACGCCUGACGGCGAAUACAGAGGCCGUUAAACAUCAAGAUAACCUCGAUACUGGCCAGACGAACCCCGAUACGGAUCCUCUUUUUAGAAUAAGCACCUCACACGAGAAACUGGCUGCAAAACUUUUUAGUUGCGUCAAUGAGACUGGGCUCUGUAUUUUCCAGGACUAUAAUGGACGCUCUGACGGUAUCCUCACCUCACCUGGUUAUCGUAAUUCGACAAUCUUCCACGAGAUUCUAUAUCACAGGCACUCUGUGAUCGACAACAAACUGGAAGGUGGAAAUCAUCCAAUCCACACCUUUCCCACUGUUGUGCAGGAAUUUUUGGAAUACCUCAUCAUCGACCAUCAUGUGCUGCUCACUCAGCCCAAUAGCUAUGGUUACCGUCCACUCGACGAGUUACAUGUCGGGGUAAUACCAAUGCUUUUCACGGUCCUCGAAUUUGUACUAUCUGACGAUGUGCUUUGCAAAUUGUCAGCUGAGGCCUGUCCGAUGACAUGGAAUAAAAGUCGGGCAGCCGGUGCCUGCAACAUUAAUCUACCCGAACGCAUAAGAUCCGUUUUCGCCAAGGAUUUUAGCGGCAGUGAUGGAGCUGCUUUGGCGUCUGGUGGUUGUGUCCACGAUACCGUGAGGGUGGAUGAGUUAUUAAAGUGGAACGCCCAACUUAAAGAGACGGUUGUGAAAAUCUUGGACGACAAGGCUCUGAGUUCACGCCGUGGCACAUCUACUAUACUGAAUAAUAUGCUGCAAAAAAGCUCCUUUAAUAAGGAAACAUCCAUUGUUAGCUCCAAAAAAUUUCAGCGACUUAUUGAGCUGUGUCCCAAGGAAACUUUGGAGUCCGUCAAUGACAAGGGCAACACUCCAUUACACGAGGCUGUCCUCCUGUACGAAAAGGAGGAUCUAGACUUCGGGCGUCUGCAUGAUGUGAUUUGCAGUCUGGUACAGCAUUGUCCGUCUUCUAUCUACUCGGUUACCGAGGGAGUUAACGAUACUGCGAAACAAACUGCGUAUUCAAUGCUUCAGGCGUUAGAUCCGCAGCGGCAGUCUGCCCCUGGCCAGAAGAGUGCUGAUCCUGAUAAGAUGGCUUCAUUAUACAAGACAAUGACACUACUGAAGCAUACAUGCAUUGGAGGUGACCGAGAUCGAGACGAGAAAUUGGUAUAUCUUUAUGGAGGUCUCAAAAAUGCGCGGAAUAUUUAUCUUGAUGUGACCGAUGUUCGCAUCAUUGAUAAGAACUUCAUCAUAAAUCUCUCAGACAGAGUCAAGUUCAACUUCGACACAGCUCUUGAAUAUGUGAGCUUACGCCGUGACUUGACUGGAGCAGAUUAUAUCAGUCCAGAGGCGCGGGAUAUAAAUACGCAGGAGCGCAACCACUACCAAGGUGUGUUCAGGUUGCUGCGUACUAAAUGGUCUGUGAGGAAGAUUUUUCAUGUCAUUGUUGAUGACCUCGUCCCGUUUCCGCAUACGGACAAGGCUAUUAAGGCUGCACUUAAACCAUUCAAUAUUGAACGAUGGGACUGGAGAAAGCUCGAUAUAUGUGGCAAAACUAUCCUUGAUGCCGCUCCUGGAACGCGUGAACUGUAUCUACAGAGUAGCGGAAAUGAGGCGAUUCUUCGGAGUUGGGCAUGUAAGUAUGACGGACUUCAAAAAUUGAAUCAGCUCAAAUUCAUUACCAUUGUAAUGCAUGCAGACUUGAGAGAGACGAAGCGUGAAUGUCAAAGACUCUUCAAUAGAUUCAAGAGAGAUUUCUGUCGAUGGCGGCCUGACAUGAGGAACAGUAUUUAUCUACAGUGGGCCGCUGGACUCACAGGCCAAGAUGAUGGCGCUGAGGAUGCAGGAUCAUCAUUUGGUUAUAAUCAGUCUGACCAAAUAGCAUGGAUUCGGACUAUGCAGCCAUUUAUAAACUUUUUGCAAGGCCCGAUUAAGAGCGAAAUAGAGAGAAAGAUGAAACAAGACGAACAGCGUAACCAAGACGAGCAAAGUGACGAAGAUGAGCACAGUGACGAAGAAAGUGACGAGGAUGACCAUAUUGACGAAGAUGAACAUAUUGAUGAGAACAGACAGAGUGUUGAAGAAAAGAAGAGCAGCAGCCAAGACGAAAAAGAAGAAGCCGACGCAAGAAUUUGGAGAGCCGAAAAGAAAAUGGAGUGUCCGGCAUACGUAUCUAUUGCACUUAUUGACAAUGGUGUCUAUUCUGCAGCGGAAGACAUUCCUAUCAUGGUAGGGGGUAAAUCGUGGUAUGGACAAAGAAACUCUAAGAUCCCAUUCAGAGAUUAUUUUACAGGACCCUCACGCCAUGGUACUCAGAUGGCCCAGUGCAUCUACAAGGUCUGUCCCAUGGCUCGGCUCUAUGUGGCCCGAAUGGACGAUUCAAUGCCAACUGAAAAGUUGACAGUGGAUUCCGCCAUUAAGGCAAUCGAAUGGGCGACCAACAUGGGUGUUGAUAUUAUUUCGAUGAGCUGGACUUUCCAUGAAAGGGGAGCGACAGCCGCUCAAACAGAGGCUUUCAAGAGAGCAAUUCAAAAUGCAUCGAGCAAGAACAUUAUACUUCUUAGUUCGCUCAACGAUAUGGAGAUGACAAUGCUCGAAGAAUGGUACCCUAUCCGCCUUUAUGAGGUCAUUCGCGUGGGUUCUGCGACUAAAUGGGGUGAGAAGACCGAGUCCGGCAACAAUAGACGCUCAAAUUACCUCUUCCCGGCCAAAGAUAUUUCUCUUCCAGCGCCCGACGGCAGCGGGGACGAGGCGGAGUUGAUCAGUGGCAGCUCCGUUGCGACAGCAUUCGCUGCUGGCCUUGCCGGCUUAAUCAUAUACGCGGGUCGGGCGCUGUCAUACCUCUCACCAGAUGAUCAUCAGAGGCUGGCCAUUGCUGACACGCGGGAUAAGAUAAUGCGCGCCUUCAAUGUGCUCAGUGGUAGGCCUCACGAGUCGUUGCCUACUGACCUCUUUGUUGGCUUGGGCGCUCAUUUCCCCAAAGAUCCUGAGAGAGAUGCCGAUGAGAAUGGACGAGUUCAGGUGCUGAGUUCAUUUUUGAACGGUUUCCAAUUAAGGGAUUGA